AGCGAGGAGGAAGAGGAAAGAAGAAACUGCUGGCGUCUUUGAUUCCUCUCCGCCUUUUGUCUUCCUCGCUUUCCUCCUCGCGCUGCGUUCGGCGGCCUGACUGGUGCCUGCAGUUUCCUCUCGACACACUCCGACAAGCGCGCUGACGCCCCUCCACCCGCGCUUUUUUAAGUUAACGAGCCCCGUCGGCCUCGUCCUCGUGUCCGGGAGCCGGGAUGGAAGUGUAAUGCCCUGAGGUUGUGCUCUCUGUCUCUGUUCUUCUCUGACACUACCAUGACCACCAAGCGUCCAAAGACGGUCUCUGGAUCCAAAUGUCACCCCCCUUGGACUCUGCCCUGGUCGGGGACCAGCAGUGUGUGACGGACAGGCAAGUGGAGCCUGUGGUGGCUCUCUACUGCGUGGCUUCAAAUUGGCCCUGGCUGAGCUCUGCAUGGAGCAAGGAGUGAAGAGUCCUGCUAUGGUCUGAUGUCUCAGCAUGGAUGGAGUCAGUCAGAGGACUGGCCACCACUAAUGAGACCCUCGCUCUUCAGCUGAGGACUAGCAUUUACAGGAUUACUCCCACGGUUUCCCGUUCUUUUCGAGCUAACUGCAUCGUUACCAAAUUCCCCUAGUUGGACUGUUCUUGGGUCUGGUUUUUGGUGGAUAUACACGUCAUUGCCUUUCCUUUCUGAUUUUCAUAUUUGUUUAUUUUCUUCUUUCGUUCUUUUUUUAUUAUUGUCGGUUUCCCUUUUGCUGUUUUGUUUUUCCACUAUGGAGUUUCUGGCUGGACCCUGGAAUAAAGAUUGGGCUUCAUUCUUGCAAUUUUGGUUGACUGUCAUCCUAAGCCUCCAAAUGCAAUUCAGCCCAGGUGCCUCUUGCCCGGAAGAGUGUCGUUGUGACAAGCCGUUCGUGUACUGCAACGAACGCAGCCUGACAUCAGUGCCUCUGGGGAUAAAGGAGGGCUUCAAGGUCCUCUUCCUACAUAACAACCAGAUAAACAAUGCUGGUUUCCCUCUGGAACUUCACAACGUUGCCACCGUGGAGACCGUGUAUCUCUACGGCAACCAGCUGGACGAGUUUCCCAUCAAUCUGCCCAAAAACACCCGGGUCCUGCAUCUCCAGGAGAACAAUAUCCAAACCAUCUCCAGGGCGGCCCUGGCCCAGUUGACUCGUCUAGAGGAGCUGCACCUCGAUGAUAACUCAAUUUCCACAGUGGGGGUGGAGGAAGGGGCCUUUAGGGAGGCGAUAAGCCUCAAACUCCUCUUCCUCACCAAAAACCACUUAAGCAGCGUUCCCAUUGGCCUUCCUGAGGACCUGAAAGAGCUGCGGUUGGAUGAGAACCGCAUCGCUCACAUCGCAGAGGAGGCCUUUCAGAAUGUAACACGUUUGCAGCGCCUCCUGCUGGAUGGGAACCUUCUGACGGACGAGGGCAUUGCACCAGGGACCUUCCAGGACUUGGCCACCCUCCGUGAGCUGGCCCUGGCCCGCAAUUCCCUCAUUCCCCCUCCACUGCUGCCCAGCCAGUCACUGGUCAAACUCAGCUUGCAGGAGAACCAGAUCGACCAGAUCCCCGUGGCAGCCUUUGCUGACCUCAUAAGACUGGAAAGACUGGAUAUAUCCAGCAACAAGCUUCAGACUCUGACACAGGGUGUGUUCGAUGGCCUGUCGAGCCUUAGGCAUCUCAUGGUGCGCAAUAACCCCUGGCGUUGUGACUGUUCUGUGAAGUGGGUGGUGGUGUGGCUCAAGUCCUUGCCCUCCUCCAUCAACGCCCGAGGGUUCGUGUGCCUGAGUCCAGACAAGGUGCGUGGCAUGGCAAUCAGAGAGCUCACGCUGGAUAUCAUAGAGUGCCCAGUAGAAGCUGACCAGCCGCCCUGGCCCACCCUCCGCUCCACUCCCCCUCCUCCACCCACAACCACCCCCAUCACCACCAUGACUUCCACCCUCAUCACCACAUCCAUCCCUUACUUCUUUGACUCACCUUCCCCUCCCUUACCCCCAGUCCAUAACAACCCCCCGGGGCCAUUGCCUCCUUACGAGGACCCUCUUCAGAUCUCCUUCCAUGUGGUCAACGCGACCAGCAUCGAGGUGAGCUGGGCUUCCUACUUCACCGUCACAGCCUACAAGGUCACUUGGGUCAAAAGGGGCCAAAGCCAAAUAAACGAAGGAAUGCGGGAGAGGACAGUGAGCGGGGACCGGCGGCACAUUAGCCUCACCGACCUGGAGCCCCGAUCCGUGUAUCGGAUCUGCGUGCACGUGCUGGACACCCUUAACUCCUACAGGCCCGGAGAGGAUACUAUAUGCUCCGAGGCCAGGACCAAGGCUGUUGUGGCUACUAAGCCUCCCGGCAGAGAGCAAGCUCCCCAGGAGAGCAUCAACUCCACGCUGCUAAUGGCUGGGAUCAUAGGCGGGGCGGUGCUCGUCAUCCUGGUAACGCUGCUCAGCCUGUUCUGCUGGCACAUGCACAGGAAGAGCCGGUCGUCUUCGACCAAUUGGAAAUACAACCGGGGAAGGAGAAAAGAUGACUACGGCGAGGCCGGAACCAAGAAGGAUAACUCCAUUCUGGAGAUGACUGAGACCAGUUUCCAGAUAGUGGCGCUGAACAAUGAGCAGCUGCUCAAGGGAGAUUUCCGCAUCCAGCCCAUCUACACGCCCAACGGGGGCAUCGGAUUUAGAGACUGUCACCUCAGUAACAACAGCAUAGCCUACUGCAAGAGCAGCAACGUGCCCAGUACAGAGUUCUGCCACACGUGAUGCAGCAGCAAAUAGUACUGCGGCACACACACACACACACACACACACACACACACACACACACACACCCUCAUACUAGAAACACUUAUUACAUGCAUAAAUUCACACACCCCGUUUGUGAAGACAAUAAAAAACAUAAAAAUUCUAGUGAAAUAUAACUGUACUAUAUAUAUUUCCAAGUUCUGUCUACUAUGUAAUUUAUACUGUGGAUAAUAAUGUGGGAUUCUCUGCUAUCUUUUUUAUUCUUAGAAAAGAGAUAGAAGCGUUUCUUUUUUAUAACCAGCAGGGUUUUGAAAGUUGUUUUAAUGGUCAGUACUGUACAUGAACAUGGAUUUGUACAAUCACGGCACCCUGGGUGUAGCUUCUGACUGUCAGCCUUGGAAAUGUCGGGGCGCUUGGAGGGCUGGGAUCCUUUGCUAACCACAGAAGCAAAAUAUGGCCUUUUUGCUCUUUGAAACACUGCGAACCGUCCCCAGUCCAACAGAACAGUAGUAACGACAACACAGCACAGGGGAAAUCCAAACACAGCUGAUUAGAGCGCUGUGGAAAUAUAGCACUGGUUCAUUGGUGGUAUGUUGUAAAAAAGGACUGAAGUGCACUUUCUUAUUAAUGGAAGCCAGGCAGGAAAUGAGCAGAGGUGGUGAUCGCAUGUGAGGGAUCGUGGACGGCUGUGUCGGUAGAAUGUCAUCGAUGCUGUUGAAAGACCUCGACUGAGAUUUCCCAAAAGUGCCUUAACACUAAAAGCGUCUUUGUUCUCCUGGUUUACAGUUGGAACAAAGGUGGGCUUAGUACGAGCGACACUUUUUUUGGGAAAACUCUGGAAAGGAUGUGUCAAUUUCAACACAUUUUAGUGAGGAAGUGCAGUCGUUUACACAAGUUUAAUAUGGAACAAAUGAUUAUUGUCCCUAAUGAGGUGUAUCGAUGUGCUGACACUCGCAGAUCCUUUUGAAGAAAUUCCCAAAUUUGUUCAGCUUCUUUUUUUUCCCCCUAUUUUGACAAGUGAGGCCACAAGGGGGCAGUUUCCCUCAGCGUUGUGUGUGGGACAGAGGAACACAGGGCGAGACAGACAGAAGGACAAAACAAAAGCUGCAUAGAUCACUUUACCUCCACCAUUUCCCCAGGAGUCCAUUACUCAUGCUCAAACAGCAUUGUUUAGAGUAUUCUUGCUCAUCUGGCUACUUAAUGAUGUGGAAUUAUUCAAACUAACAGUGUUUUCUUUGUUUGGUGGCUGAAUGAUAUGGAUUUUCACUACUGUGGUCCGUCAUGAGGGGAAAGCCUCUGUCCCUCCCUCUGUGUGUGUGUGUGUGUGUAGAGUGUGAUGAAUUUUUUGAAAGCACACAUAAUGACAAUCAUACACCCACUCAUUUCGCUGUGUCCUGGCGUUCAUUAGGCUCUGUGAUUAAUGAGGAAAUCACAACACGAUCCUCACAAUGCUCCCGUCCAGUGUCUCAUCGCUCACCCCUUUGUGCACAUUUAUGAGACUGUCUUCUUCAUUUAUGGCGCGCUCACCUGAACAAUGCACCUAUUCACUUAGCACCAUCAGUCCCUGCAGGGAUGAUCCUCACCCUAUCUCCUCUCAUUUUCUGUCUCUCUGUCCCUCUGUCUGUCUUCUGGUCCUUCCCCUUCAGCUCUUACCUACGCUGUGGCAGCAGCUCUUUGCAUGCGAGGUGCCAGUGAGAGGUCUUCAUUAUGCACUUCUUAAGCAGACUUUAUUUGAUUUGACAAGAUUUUAUUUUGAAGGGCCAAGCUUAAAGAACCCCCCCCCCUCUAUUUUCCCCCUCUCUUCAUAAUCCUCGACCAAAAAAGGGAGAAAAAUAUGUAGACCUUAUUUUCACUUGGCUGCACGGAGCUCACGCUGGGAGACGAGAGUGUCUGUUAACUCUUUGCGAGGCGCACACAGAUUGCUUAGCUGCUAUGUAUUCGGCUGUGUAGAGAGCAGACGCAGAACUGGGCCGAACAUUUUUCGGGGGAAGUGAUUUUUAAGGGCUUGUACUGGAGUUAGUCCCAAGUAUCUCUGAGAGGAUUCACCUCAGUAGUCAGGAUAUCUCUAAAGUAGCUGCACUUACCGUAAUUCCAGCAAUAGCUCUGAUCGCAAUCACCUGAACUUUAAUUUGAGGUGGUGCCCAGACUUCCACAGCCCCAGUGUUCAACGAAGAUAACAUUCCCCAAGUACAAACACAGUAAAUGAAUGAAAUCUGUAAGCAUCAUUUAGUGUCACAUUAUGUCUUAGAAUCUUGUUUUCGUCAAGACAGCUGACAAUUUAUUUGCUGGAUUUUCAUGCUGAAACGACAAAAUCUCUUAUCAAGGAAACAUCAAAAGCAAUAGUUAAUUUCUGGGAAAUGCUCUUAUUCACUUUAUUUCUGUGAGUUAUAUGAGAAGAUUGAGACCACACUGAUAUCUGCACCCUUAAUAUGAAGCUAAUGACAGUAGCGCGUUAGGUUAGCUUGUUAUUAAGACUGGGAACUGGGGGAAACAGCUAGCCUGGCUCUGUCCAAAGAUAAGAAAAUCUGCCGUAAAAGCACAAAGUGUCACUUUUACAUCUUGUUUUUUGUACGGAUAAACAAACAAGAUAUACUGUGUUAGUGUGAGUUAAGAUAUGUGGGAUUUUGUUUCCAUUAGACAGAGCUGGGCUAGCUGUUUCCCUCUGUGUCUUUAUGUUAAGCUAAGCUAACUGUCUGCUGGUGGUAGCUUCAUAUUUACUGUACAGAAGUGGGGGGGUAUCAAACUUCUCUUCUAACAAUAAAAUAUUAAUAUUUGGCAAAAAUGUCAACCUGUUCCGUGAGGUAAAAAACAAGUAAUAAACUAAAAUAAGUUGAUUUGCAUUGCAACAAAAUGAACGAUUGUAAUGACGUUCACUUUCACUUUUCAGCAAAAUAAGAUUUAAAGACUCAGUACUUCAAUAUGUGACAUGUUCAAAUGGAUCUAUUUUCAUUUCCUUCUGUGGUUAUCAAGCAUCUCCACUUCUUAUUUGAACCUUUUUUUUUCGCAGAAACACUUGAACACUUACAUCAAAUAUUAUUUAGUAUUCUUUGUUAGAGAUCGAAGCCCUGUUUGAAUUCACAUGCUGAUCAAACAAGGGGGGGGGCUGAAACUGUUACAACAUAUAGCAUCUCCCCCUGUCUGUGAAUGUUUAACAGAGACCCAACAGAUAUUUGCCUUACCUUUUAUGCAGGACUGAAUGAUUAGCUCAGAGAGUAUUUAGGUGGGAGGAAGAAAAGAUGAGACCCGAACAGACGGCGAUGAGGACGCUGAAAAGAAAGCACAUUUCUCCAACGUUUUUGCAGCCGGGGCAGAUGACUAUAACAGUAUUAACAGGAAGAACAAUAAUAAGAAUGUACACGCUGUAGCUAACGAGAAACUGUUCAUCCUGAGUGCCAGACCUUGAGCGGUGCGCGGCUAACGAUUCAGUCAGACGGGAGCUUCCGUGGCUGUUUUGCAGAGUACAAUGCUCUUUCAUUUUCUAUUUGCUUGAUGAAAGAACGCGGCUGCAGAGGCGUGCCUAAUGGAAUUACACAAAAAUGUAUCACAGACCGCUAGCAUCAGGUUAUUACUGUUUUUAGGGUACAGAGUAAUUUCCCUUAAAGCUCAUUGAAUCAUGUUAAGAUAAUUAUGUUUAAUCCCUGAGAGGUCAACUCAAAGAAAAAUCUUGAGAGGUUGAAAGCAGUUUAAGUCGUCUUUUCUUCCUGCAGGCCAAACCUUCACUGCUAAUAUCCAUCAGAAAUGCAUGUACUGUAUUUAGCUUCAUAGCCUUUCUUUUUUUUUUUUUUUUUUUUUUUGUCAUACCUGGUCUUAGACUUCUUUUUUCAAGCAAUCACCCAGAGGUCGAGGUACAUUAUGAGCAGCCGUACAGGACGGUUUAGAGGGAGAAGGCUGGAGACUUACAGUGCAUGUGAAACGGCCGUGUCGGGAAACUUCUCCUCAUUAUCGAGACUCUGCAGUGUCACGUUAGCCACCCACAACCAAGUUUUCUUAGGAACCAAAGUUAAAUUUCUGUUCUCAUGAUGAAAUAUCGAUGUUGUUCCAUGUAUGUGCCUUGAGGUUGAACUUACAAUGUAAAGUCCUUGAAAAACCUUUAAAUGUUUUUGCACAAACUGUAAAUACUUAAGUGAAGCUUUUUGAAAAUAAAAGAGCCAUUGGAUUUGA